GUGUCGACUUUGAGCGUUGUUAACUCACAGUAUGUUCUUGUAGGCUAUUUUCUUGAAAAUGACAAAUAUUACCCAGAAUGCAUUGCUUUCUACAGUAUAUUACUGUUUUAAUGGAAAAUGAUUUUUUACUUUUUUUACAGCAAGGUUUAACAUAUAUGUGUGUGUGUGUGUUUGUGUGUCCUCAAGGGAAAAAUAAUAAAAAUCUCUUUCUGUUUCAAGAAGUGCCUACUUUUGUUACACUUUCAUUUUCUCAUAAAAACACUCCCCUUAUGAGAAACUAUAAAAUGGGCACUUGAAACAGACGUUAUUUCAUUCUCCUCCGGAUCAAAGAUGGAUCUGCAAAUCUCAGUUUUUCUUCUCUUCAUUCUUUUCACUGCAGGACACUCUCUCAGCUGUUAUGAGUGCAAGAGUGUGACGGGUUCUUGUGCAGAUCAGAAGCUAAAAACAUGUCCUAGUGGAUUUUCUCAGUGCUCGAGUACAACAGCUGUGGCACAAAUUAGUUACUUUAGUACUAAAGUGAAGGCUAAAGAUUGUAUUCCUGCCUGUCAAAGUGGGUCCUUGAACUUAGGAUAUGUAAAGUCGACUAUUUCCUGCUGUGACACAGACGAGUGUAACGUCCAAGAUGCUCCAGAUCCCUCUAACAUCCCCAAUGGAAGGAAAUGUUACUACUGUGAUAUUCUGAGCUGCUCAAACAAAUUGAUCUGUACAGGGGACGAAGACCACUGCAUUACAGCAACAUGGAUUUUUGGAGGCCGGUCAAUGGCACUGAAAGGCUGUGCCUCUAAAUCACUUUGUGAUGGCAUAGAAUUUGAUCUUGGUGUUGUGAGCUUCUCAUGUUGUGAGGGGAACCUGUGUAACGGUGCUCAGAGAGUCGACCAGAGAUGGGAGCUUUAGCACAAUUCACUGGUGAGUCGAUCAAGCUGUGGAUAACCUACCGAAGGAGACAGUCGUGUACUUUUACAUGAGAGAAGGCAUACGUCGCCACCACAGACGCGUGACACCAACGUCUGAGAAGUAUGUCACCACAACAACAAAAAAAAAAUCUUAUCUUUUUUUUAAAAAAAAUUUUAAUAGUUUUUCUUAUCUUUCCUUUGUUAUGUUUCUUUUCAGUCAUUGUUAACUUUUUAUUUUACUUUUCUGUGUUCUGAUGACAUUGAAUAUAUUCUUGAUACAUAUUGUGUAGCAAUUGUAUAAAAGUUGUAUGUUAUUAAUGUCAUCUACUGUUUACAAGCAUAAUAAAAAAAAUAUUAA